AUGACUGGAACAGGUUCUAGAGCGUCUAUAAUCGGCCCAGCACUUGCGAUUGGUGGCUUGUGUUUAUUGGGUUUGAUCGGUUUAGUCAUAGCUGCCAUCAUUGUUCUCAGUAUUAUUCCCACGUACACACAAUCAAAUGCCGUAGAGGGAAUGGGAGAAGAAUAUCGUAUGGAUCAGUUGAUUUUACGGGCUUUUACAGACAGUUCAUAUGCAGCUAAUAAAAGUAUCGCUAACAGCAGUGAUUUAUCAUUAGCGUGUACAAAAGCGAUGCAAAGCGGUGGUGAUGCCAGUUUUUAUGCUUGUGUAGUCGCGACUAUACGCGCGGCAAAUGGUACACCUCUAGCAAAUGAUACAAUGAGACGAAAGCGAUAUACAGCUAGUCUCGUUCUAAUCUCUGAUGGUGUUGCCUACCUCCAACAAAUAUCCAUUGCUUCUAUUAAUCAGUUAAUUGCUUCUCAAACACGAUUUAGUACAACAGCCGCCUACAGUAGCUCCAUGUCGGCUGGUUAA